AUGGUCACAUCGUGGGAGCCAUGGUCUCUGUGCUCUGCCACCUGUGGGAAGGGCAUCCGGAUGCGAUCCCGUGUCUACGUCUUCCCAAUCAAGGCCCAAAUGUUCCACUGCCAUCGCCAAAUGAUCGAACGACAAUUCUGCAAUGCAAAAAUCAGCGAAUGUGAAAAUUCGGAUGCGUUCAACUCGCGAUGCGCUGUAAGCAGCUGGGCACCCUGGACUGAAUGUAGUGUCACGUGUGGAUUCGGUACACGCUCCAGAUCGAGGACAUUCAAAGAGCCCGACUCAAACAAUGUCACGUGUCCUCAUGUCGAAAUGGUCAGGAAGGAUAUCUGUGUUGGCGAUAAUGGCGAGGACUGUUCGGUCACUCCGGAUCCACUGUGUCGAGCCACCACUUGGAGUGAAUGGUCUCCGUGUUCGGCGUCCUGCGACGAAGGCGUUCGUGUCAGGACCCGUCUCCUCUUCUAUGCCGAACACGAGCAGCACUGCUCACAUGUUGUGCUACAAGAGAACGAAAACUGUCAACUGCAAACGUGUAGACGACUGCUCAGUGCACACUCUGAAGGCUGGUUACCUUACUCUUCCCAACUCUCAAAGCUGAUUGGUAAAAUAUUUACCAAAUCGGUAAAACGUUUACUUCAUCAAUAG